CUAUGUUAGGAGCCUCGACUUGAGGGCAGAGCGAAGCACAUCCAGCUGCGGAACUUCCUCCUGCGCGAGCUACAGCUGCGUCGCUAGGCUCGAGUAGUACACUUGGCCUCCAGUGCCAACACAGCUGAUAUCUUUACGAAGCCGCUUGCGCCUAAAGAUCAUCAGCGGCACUGCGUCCAGUUUGGUCUUGUUCCUGUAGCCUCUCAUUUCCUAGGACCUUGAUUGUGUACAGACCUUUAUAUAUAUAUAUAUUACCCAGACUGGCCUUGUGGCUUCUCCCUGUGGCUGGACUAGUAGUGCCGCCCUGGUCUUGCUCCUGUUUUGUCUGUACUCCUUUCGACUGGUCUUUAGACCCUUGCCUCAGAGGCUGGACUAUUAGUGCCGCCCUGAGCUGCUUGUUCUCUUGUUAGGCACUGCCCCUAUAUAGUCUAGGGGGUGUGUCAAACAUAACUUAGUAUGUUAUUGUAGACUAUAUAGGUUUAUGCCUUAGAGGCUACAACACACUUGCCUAUUUUGCCUUGUACUCUCACAUUCUAGUUCAUUCUUGCAUUCUAACAACUGGCGUCGUCGUCACGCAGUGAAGAAAUUAUCAAGACAGCUCGUGCAUACUUCGUCAGCGGCUCGCGAAAAUUGCGGGGCUAGUUUCGUGGGAAAACGACAGCUGCGGACCUUGCCAUGUGCACGAGGAAUGUGCGUCAGGAGUUAUGCUGACGAGGAGAGACGACACGUGCGAGCUACCCAAAUUAUGCGGGAGUGGUGUGUUGUCCCGUCCGGACUGGAGCGGAUUGCUGCCAGGUGGGCGCGUGAUAAUAGUUUAUGGCAGGAGCGACGCAGUGUGGGACGGCGCGUGCGGUUUACUUCCGAAAAGUUCAGACUCAGCCACCUUCGUCUCAAUUGUUUCUGCAGUAUCGGCGGCAGCUGUUCCUGGCAACGGAUAAAAUCGGCAUCGACAAUUGCGGAUGUCGUGGACGAUCUUCACGCCAAGCCGAUUUCCUAGAAAAUGACAGUGGCGUCUGCGGUUUUCUAGGGAAACAGCAUUGGAGACAGGCCAGCGCCCCAUGAAACAACGUCUUUGGUGCAUAGUGCCCGUGAUUUUUGGGGGUUUCUACUGGUAGAACGUACGGAGAUGCGACAGACCGGAUUGGAUGAGAGGGGAAAUUUGACACUUCAGGAAGAGCAAGGCAGUGUAGCGGAAAUCUCAAGCUGAAUGCCCCCGUGUUAGGCUAAGCAGCGGUAUAAGAAUGGCCACCUAUCGGCCGAGACUUUCCAACGGCUCACAUCUUUCACACCAGGUUCCAAGUUCGGGUUUAAUACUACUCCGACAGUCCUGGACGAAUAACAUGGACAGAGCUGCGGUUAACCUGUGCUGGUGAAAAUGCUGGAGUAUCGCGGGUUCGACACUCUGAAAAAAAAAAGGGAGUUGUAUGCCCGGCGCACGUGCAUUUCUGUUGCGACCAGCAAAUGCGGGGAGUUAGGUGAACGACGAACUACUGAGAUUGUCGGGGCAGCUGCGAUAACACUGUUCCAGCUGGAGUUCGACACUGUUUCCGAAGUUUUCGGAGUGCGGGGAGCUUUUCGGAGUCGUCCCUGGUUGAUCGGUGCAACUCUUAAGCACCAGCGGUUUGGGGGUACUUGAGUAGCAAUGAAGCGGCGUUGCGGGAUUCGCUAAGUCCCGGGAGAGUUCUACGGGUUGGAGUUUUUCAAGCAUCUUCGAAUCAGAGUUGUGGGAAUUUUAAGCAGCAUUAUGGGUUUACUUCGACUACCUUGGCGCAUGGAAUUUCCUUGCGUUUUACCUGGCUCGUUGGGAGCUGUUUCUUCUUGGAGGGGGGGAGAAGUGCAGCUGUGCUGCAAAAUUUUGAAGACCCGUCCGGUGUGUUCCAUCAUCCCUCUAUGGCCGAUAUUCGUUUCAAUUACGCUUUCUCGUCGAGGUUCGUCAAUUCGUUGAUGGAGUUCAUCGACUUUUGCGAGCCACGAACGCGCGCGUGUGCUUGUACGUGUUACGAAUGACCUCGCGUCUUGAUGGACGGUUCCUUCCAAUCUCGACAAAUCAUCAGCUACGUUAUCCCUCAUUUUUUAAUUACAAGACUUCAUCAGCCACGCACCAUCAUCAACAGCCAGAGUGACUGUUGACAGUUUCAAGAGAAGUUUUCGCCAGUACCUAUUCGGUUUGCUGAAGAAUUCGACAAUCUUUGAUGGCCAAGAUUAAAAGCGAUCGUUUCGACGUUUUUUUACCAUCGAUCACAUUUCGACCUGAAGACCUCGUCAGGACGUCGUAAUCAUUACGCUCGUCACUCUGCUGAAGAUCUACAGUCACAUCAGGGACUACUUUUAAUGAUUUGACCUUCGAUACACGGAAGGCCUUAUCUAGAAGGUGGGAGAGUGUAAGGAAUUAACAUUCCUUAUUGCGCUAAACUACAGCGCGUACACCCGAAGACCUUGAACUCGCAGGUUCGGCCUAUUUUGUCGGCCCAAACCUCCCCGAGUCGCGUUCUGACACCCUCGCCUCCCAUACAAACCAUCUCACAUCCCGAGGUUCUCGCCCUAGCUCGUCCUAGCACGUCCGUGCCCUAUUUUAGCCAGUUCGCUUGUCACUUGUGACAACAUUAUUUUCUGAGGUUGUAUUCCAAUUAUUGAGUGGUUGUUCCAUUCCCACUCAUAACACCGAGGGCCGAAAUGCGAAUUCCUGUGCGGUUCCUAGUACUGAACGCGCUGAAGUAGGAAUAUGCCCUGAGAAUGCAGGGCAAGGGGAACUAGAGUGAACUUCGACCUAACGAGGCGUGGACGGAACAACUUUACGACCGUUUCACCCCAGUGUGAAAUGGAAACUACGUUCUUUCCUUCAAGGCAAUGCCAAUCCGCGCCCUCAUUACCUCUUUCGCUGUCUUGUGACAUGCGGAUAGUAGCUCAGGGUUCUUAAGCGUUCACUUUAUUACGGGUUGAGUAAGGUGAGGGAUGUUUUGAAAGGGGUUCUUUGAAAACCUUAAGCGGUUGGAUAGGGUUUCGAGGGAAAAAAAAAUGCUUCUGACACGUCGUAAUGUUUGCUAAUGUUUUCUCACGAGAGCUCAUGCUGCUGCACCCCCCCAUGCCAGGCUUCUGGGGGAAUUUUGCGUUUAUGGGGCGGGGAGAGCAGGAAAUGAGUGGUUGGGAGGCGAUGGCAAUGGAUAGUAGAUGUGGGCAAAAAAGGGAGAUUCGCACUGGAAACCUUUUGUUUCGCCUCAUUCGCCCACUGCCGUAGCGAGCUAAGGUGUCUCACUGGGGGUUACUGAAAUCCGGUUCAAGCGAAACGUCGCAGAUUUGCAAGGCGCAAGACGAUCAUAAGCGUACAUUCAUACAAAUUACGAUAUGGUAUGUCGUAAUUGUGGGGAGUAUAACGAGGAGCGGCUUGUACAAAGUAGAGCGCAUAAAAUCCUUGGGGCUGUACCCUAUCGCGUAUGCAGGCCUUCCAGAUACUCACAAGCCCAAGGUGCAGUGCGACGACUGAAAAUUCCAGCAAACCAUGUGAGUUCAUGAGGCCAGAUUGGCACAGCUUCAUUCGCCCUUGGCAUUCGCUGAACCACGACAGCGUCUCAACGAAAACUAAGCGAGCGUCGCCAGUCCUGACCACAUCACCUUCGCUUCGUGGAGUUCGCCAGAUUCGCCUGUGUGGCAUUCAUAACGUUGAAGUGGUCCCUCCCAAUCCAAUCCGCCUACCAAGCCAGCAAGCAGCCAUAGUAAUCCCAUUCCCACCACAGCUUGGAUCAAGCUAAGAGAUUGCCGCAGCGCCAUGGCCUGGGUCGAGCGCGAUGGCCUGCCUAAAUGCUGUUGAGAUUGCUUCCUCCCGUUGCGUUCCUUCCCAUCAUCCUCCCCGUGCCUAUCAUAUCCAGUCCCUCUACCUACUCUUACAGCAAACCUCGUCUCAGAAUACCUCCUCCUACUAUCUGCCACGGCUUAAUACUGCCUGGAAGCUUCGCCAGCUCAAGGCCUCACUCGGAACAAGGCGAUGGCCUCCGAUCCACAGAGUAGCGCACCGACUGACGUGUUAGAAUUUCCGGCAGCGCUCUCGCUGCUUUCAGGUCGCUCUUACACUCCAAACGAAUACCCGACAACACUCUCGCAAGUACUAAGGGUAGACUUAACGCCGCCAGUCAAGUUCUGGUUGCAAACAGGCAGCACGACGUGAGGGAGAAUUUUCAGAUUCACUAUAUACAAAGAGAUACAAAGAAACAGAUUUGUAUGGAUUUUUUUCCUAAGCCACAUGACAUUGCGUAGCGCUCAUCCGAACCGCAUUUCACACAACGUAACCGAACCGCAUUUCAGCUCCUCCGAACACCGCGUCACUAUACCAAUUUCUGCUCGUCGCUCACAAGUCCUCCGCGUGUCCCAAACACCUCCUCCUUCCAACACGUAACCCUGCAGCCCCUCACCACCUAGCACACCCAUAUGUAGUCUUCAGCUUACGCCACCUGUUAGCGCUGCCACACUGCCACCUAGCUUAUGCCAUUUGUUCAAGCUGCCGCGCGUUGACUAGGGGCAAGCGCGAACCACCUCCAACAACCUCCCCUGUGGUUUGCAGCUUGCUCACUUGAGCUACGUGUGUAACCUCACCUCUCUCUUACAAUGCUGGAAACGAGGUGUAGGUGGGACCUUGGUCAAGAAAUCAGCUGGCUGUCGUUCUGUUCUCACAUGCUCGAACCUGAAACUCUUGUUCGCCAGCUGCUCUCACACCCAGUGAUACCUAACGUCCAUGUGUUUUGUCCGUCCAUGCCAAUCGUCAUUCCGAGCUAGGUCCAUCGCUGACUGGCUAUCCGUCCGGAUGGUGGUCGGACUCUCUGGCCCAAGAUCUAGCUCCUUGAGUAGACGUCUCAACCAAACUCCCUCCAUACAUGCGUAGAAGAGCGCCAAAUACUCAGCUUCAGCGCUAGACAAAGCUAUGUCUGCCAAUUUCUUGGCCUGCCACAUGAUUGCCGUUCCACCCAAAAGGAAAACGUACCCAAAAGCUCCUCGCCUAGUCUCCUGGUCUGAAGCGUGUGAAGCGUCUGCAUACCCUACAAGCUGUAAAGACUCCUCUCCUCCUUGGAACAAUAGUCCCUCGUCCUCGUGUUGUAGGAGGUAACUAAUCGUUCGCUCCAUCUCCUUCCACUUUUUCCCAUCCGCUUGCUGCACGUUUUGUCCAAGAUAGCUAGCUGUGUAAGCUACAUCGACCCUCGUGCGUGCCACCGGGUACAUCACCGAGCCCACCAUCAAUUG